UACAGGGGCUGCAACUCGGAGCCUAGGGGGCCUCCAAGGCACCUCUAGGCUCAAUUUACCCCUGGACUUCCCUUGAGCUUUCCCUGGGAUCACUGUGAUUUCCUCCUGGCAGCUCUCGUCUUGGACAGCCAUGCCCCCCUCCAUGCUGCACUAAUGGCUCAGCCUGGGGCCCCAGGGACCUCCCCUACCCCCCCAGACUGCUCUGCCGGCCCCCUUUCCUCCCUCACUGCUGAAACCCAAUCCUCUGCAGCAGCGCCGGCUCAGCACCACCUCAGCACCGCUCCACAGCCCCUGCCUGCCACAGUCAGCUGUGCCCCACCUGGUCUGCUGCGGAGUGCCCAGCCCAGUGUCUAGCCCAGUGGAGUCACCGCCUGUUCCUCGGGAAGGUUGAGUGGGACCUGACCGGCCAGGUUACCUCCUCCAAUCCUGUCAGGCUAGUGCCUCCCUGCCUCCCAACCUUGGCUCUCUCCCACCCUCUCCUUUCUUCUCCUUGCCUGGCCCCCUGAAUCCUAUCUUAGCCCCCUCAGCCCCCUGACUGACCCUCUCUCGCUCCUUCCAAGCCUCUGUAGCUGGCCCCCCUCCUGGGUUCUGGCCAUGAAGCCCACCUCAGGCCCAGAGGAGGCCCGGCGGCCGGCCUCCGACAUCCGCGUGUUUGCCAGCAACUGCUCAAUGCAUGGGCUGGGCCACGUCUUCGGGCCAGGCAGCCUGAGCCUGCGCCGAGGGAUGUGGGCAGCAGCUGUGGUCCUGUCAGUGGCCACCUUCCUCUACCAGGUGGCUGAGAGAGUGCGCUACUACAGGGAAUUCCACCACCAGACUGCCCUGGAUGAGCGAGAAAGCCACCGGCUCGUCUUCCCGGCCGUUACCCUGUGCAACAUCAACCCGCUGCGCCGCUCGCGCUUAACGCCCAACGACCUGCACUGGGCUGGGUCUGCGCUGCUGGGCCUGGAUCCCGCAGAGCACCCCGCCUUCCUGCGCGCCCUGGGCCGGCCCCCCGCACCGCCCGGCUUCAUGCCCAGUCCCACCUUUGACAUGGCGCAACUCUAUGCCCGUGCUGGGCACUCCCUGGACGACAUGCUGCUGGACUGUCGCUUCCGUGGCGAACCUUGUGGGCCUGAGAACUUCACCACGAUCUUCACACGGAUGGGAAAGUGCUACACAUUUAACUCUGGUGCCGAUGGGGCAGAGCUGCUCACCACUACUAGGGGUGGCAUGGGCAAUGGGCUGGACAUCAUGCUGGACGUGCAGCAGGAGGAAUAUCUACCUGUGUGGAGGGACAACGAGGAGACCCCCUUUGAGGUGGGGAUCCGAGUGCAGAUCCACAGCCAGGAGGAGCCGCCCAUCAUCGACCAGCUGGGCUUGGGGGUGUCCCCGGGCUACCAGACCUUUGUUUCUUGCCAGCAGCAGCAGCUGAGCUUCCUGCCACCGCCUUGGGGCGACUGCAGUUCAGCAUCUCUGAACCCCAACUAUGAGCCAGAGCCCUCUGAUCCCCUGAGCUCCCCCAGCCCCAGCCUUCCCUAUACCCUAAUGGGGUGUCGCCUGGCCUGCGAAACCCGCUACGUGGCUCGGAAGUGCGGCUGCCGAAUGAUGUACAUGCCAGGCGACGCGCCAGUGUGCAGCCCCCAGCAGUACAAGAACUGUGCCCACCCGGCCAUAGAUGCCAUGCUUCGCAAGGACUCAUGCGCCUGCCCCAACCCGUGCGCCAGCACGCGCUACGCCAAGGAGCUCUCCAUGGUGCGGAUCCCGAGCCGCGCCGCCGCGCGCUUCCUGGCCCGGAAGCUCAACCGCAGCGAGGCCUACAUCGCGGAGAACGUGCUGGCCCUGGACAUCUUCUUCGAGGCCCUCAACUAUGAGACUGUGGAACAGAAGAAGGCCUAUGAGAUGUCGGAGCUGCUUGGCGACAUUGGGGGCCAGAUGGGGCUGUUCAUCGGGGCCAGCCUGCUCACCAUCCUCGAGAUCCUAGACUACCUCUGUGAGGUGUUCCGAGACAAGGUCCUGGGAUAUUUCUGGAACCGAAGGCACUCCCAAAGGCAUUCCAGCACCAAUCUGCUUCAGGAAGGGCUGGGCAGCCAUCGAACCCAAGUUCCCCACCUCAGCCUGGGCCCCAGCCCUCUGCUCUGUUCCGAAGACCUCCCACCCCUCCUUGUGCUGUCACCAAGACUCUCUCCGCCUCCCACCGCACCUGCUACCUUGUCACACGGCUCUAGGCCUGCUGUCUGUGUCCUCGGAGCCCCACCCUGACAUCCUGGACAUGCCUAGCCUGCACGUAGCUUUUCCAUCUUCACCCCAAAUAAAGUCCUAAUGCAUCA